GGCUCAGCAGAUUCAUACACAAGCAGACCCUCAGACUCAGAUGUCUCUUUGGAGGAAGAUAGGGAAGCAAUCCGACAAGAAAGAGAACAACAAGCGGCGAUACAACUUGAAAGGGCAAAGUCCAAACCAGUAGCAUUUGCUGUCAAGACUAAUGUGAGUUACUGUGGAGCUCUGGAUGAAGAUGUUCCUGUCCCAAGCACUGCCAUCUCUUUUGAUGCCAAGGACUUCCUCCACAUUAAAGAGAAAUAUAAUAAUGACUGGUGGAUAGGAAGGCUGGUGAAGGAGGGCUGCGAGAUUGGCUUUAUUCCAAGCCCGCUUCGACUGGAGAAUAUCCGCAUCCAACAGGAGCAGAAGAGAGGACGUUUCCAUGGAGGGAAAUCAAGUGGCAAUUCUUCCUCAAGCCUUGGAGAAAUGGUUUCUGGCACAUUUCGAGCCACACCCACUUCCACAGCAAAACAGAAACAAAAAGUGACAGAACACAUUCCGCCGUAUGAUGUAGUACCAUCCAUGAGGCCGGUUGUCCUGGUGGGUCCGUCACUGAAGGGCUAUGAGGUGACGGACAUGAUGCAGAAAGCUCUCUUUGACUUCCUGAAGCACAGGUUUGAUGGGAGGAUAUCGAUAACUAGAGUGACAGCCGACAUUUCUCUUGCAAAGAGGUCUGUUCUAAACAAUCCAAGCAAGAGGGCAAUAAUUGAGCGGUCAAAUACAAGGUCCAGUUUAGCUGAAGUACAGAGUGAAAUUGAAAGAAUCUUUGAGCUGGCAAGGUCCUUACAGCUGGUUGUCCUGGAUGCAGACACUAUCAAUCACCCUGCACAGCUUAUCAAGACAUCUUUAGCACCGAUUAUUGUCCAUGUUAAAGUGUCUUCUCCAAAGGUUUUGCAGCGACUGAUUAAAUCUAGAGGAAAGUCACAGAGUAAGCACUUGAAUGUUCAGUUGGUGGCAGCUGAUAAACUUGCACAAUGCCCACCAGAAAUGUUUGAUGUAAUUUUGGAUGAGAAUCAGCUCGAAGACGCUUGCGAACACUUGGCAGAGUAUCUCGAGGCAUACUGGCGUGCUACCCACACCACCAGUAGCACCCCCAUGACUCCUCUGCUGGGGCGGAAUUUAGGAUCCACUGCACUUUCACCAUACCCUGCUGCCAUCUCUGGAUUACAGGGAUAGCUCAAAAACGGCUGAACUUUGAAACUUCAAACCUGGCAUGUAAAUAGUCCUUAAUGAGAAGUACGUGCUUUACUAAGUUUGAAAACAGAAAAUGUUUUUGAUGAAUAGUUAUGAAUGCUUGAGAAGAUGAGGAGGACUGCAGCAAGCUUUUAAGUCUGAAAGUUUCAGGAGUUCUGUAUGCGUGUGACUUGCUGGGAGUGUGUGCUUUCUCCUGUACGUCAAAAGUAGAGCUGAGCACAUGACAUUUAAUGAAUAAUUCUCCUGACAAAUUUUAACCUCUGUUCUGCUCAUAGAGUAUCUGGAAGCAGGUAACAGUUUGGAAGGAAACGAUGCGUUGUUGAGUGUUUUCAGUUAACGUAAAGCUGUUUUUUCUGUGAGUGGAUUGCACUUCCCGGAAGGUGCAUGGUACCUGCUGCUCACGUUUCUAAUGCUGUGCUUGAUUUUAUCAGGGUCAGCAAGUCACUGUCUCCUGACUGGCUGAACGCACAAGCACUGUUCUGUUACUAAUCACAUGCACAUGU